UUUAUGUCGUAGAAUACUUAACUGAGCUGGUGUAGCCACAGACCUUACUGCGUGCAUUUAAAUAAAAAUAAAAAAUAAAAAACAUUGACUGGGACGGUGGAACCGGAAGUUCUAAAAUGUGAACAAGUUGCCAGGCUUUGACCAACAAAUAUAGGCUAUGUCGUCUGUAGAACUACUAACAAUUUAACCAGUAUGCUUUAUAAAUACGGUGUGGGCGGCAGUGGAACUUAGCCCAUAACAUUUGCAUACCUGACUGAGCCUAGACAUGUCUGAUAUUGCAGAACAGAAGAUAAUACAGAAGUGUCCCUUACAGAGACACUAUGAGGAGAAUGUCGGUAUGGUGGCUCCUGUGCACCCACAAAAAAUAACAGCCAAUAGCUCAUGGAAAUCUGCCUGCUUUGGCAUAAUUGAGCUUCACACUAAUCAGUCUGAUCAAAAUUUGGGGGAAAAAAGAGGAGUGGGAAAUAUACUCCUGGUGAUCUCCACUGCCACCGAUUACUGGAUGCAGUACCGCCAGUCCAGCAGUUACAUGCAUCAGGGCCUGUGGCGCUACUGUGUACCUGGAAAAUGCAUGACAUACACAGACAGCAUUGCAUAUUGGGAUGCCACCCGUGCCUUCAUGAUCCUGGCCAUCUUAGCUUGUUUCUUUGGCAUCAUCAUCGGCGUCAUGGCUUUCAUCAAUUACUCCUCCUUUAGCGGUUUUGACAAAACCUUUGCUGCAGGAAUUCUCUAUUUCAUUUCAUGCUUCUUUGUGCUGCUGGCUAUGGCUGUCUACACUGGGAUGACGGUCAACUACUAUGGAAAACGUUAUGGGAACUGGCGGUUCUCGUGGUCGUACAUAAUGGGUUGGGUUUCUGUGGUGCUCACUUUCUUUUCAGGGAUCUUCUAUAUGUGUGCUUACCGGAUGUAUGAACCAAGAGGCCCCAUGUCACGCUGAUUCUUCUCAUCUUCGAUCUGCUAUUUGAUCCAUUCAGUCUGAAUGUGAACCAUCAUGUCAUCCCUGAUCCCUUUAUUUCAGUUAUCGUUUAUUUUAAAAUCACACAACACAAACUAAUAAAUGACUAAACUAAUUCCGUACACUAAUUUAGUUUGUGCAUUUCUUAAACAAACUAAUUUACACAUGAUGGGCAGAUCAGGUUGGUUCCAAAAUAUUAU